AUGUCGGUCGCCGGAGAUCGUCGCGAGAUUGUCAUUGUUGGUGGUGGCAUCAUUGGAUGCUGCUCUGCAUACUAUCUUACCAGACACCCUUCUUUUGACCCAUCGCGUCAUAAGAUCACACUCCUCGAAGCCUCUGACAUUGCAGGCGGGGCAUCUGGCAAGGCGGGCGGACUUCUCGCGCAAUGGGCUUAUCCGAGCAACAUCGUCGAUCUGAGCUUUGCACUACACGCGGAACUUGCCGAGGAACACGAUGGAAAGAACCGCUGGGGAUACAGAGAGACGAAUUGUGGUCAGGUCGUCGUCAAAGGCCGUGCCAUGACCGAAAAGACCGAGAAGAAAGAGGGUGGAGAAUCGCUGCAAAAGCGCAGCACAGCUGCAAUCUCGAAGCUCAAGUCUGCCAAGAUCCCACAGGAUCUGGACUGGAUUCAACCUGACCUUAUGCGAGCCUAUGAGAGCAUGAGCGGACCGGGAGAAACUGCGCAAGUUCAUCCUUAUCUUUUCACCUUGUCGAUGGCGAAGCUGGCUCAGGAAAAGGGCGCCGAGAUCAUUCUCGGACAUGUCACAAAUAUUUCUCGUCCUGACGGUGUCGUCGAGUCAGUGACGUAUACCGACAAAGAGUCUGGAGAAUCGCGCACAAUUCCGGCUACCGAUGUAAUCGUUGCUGCUGGUCCUUGGACGCAGGCUGUCCUUCCCGAAGCUCCAAUUUCAGCUGCGCCGGAGAUCUAUGCUCGGCCUGAUGACACUGUAUAUGCAUGCGGUGAAGGUGAUAAAGAAGUUCCGCUGCCCAAGACAUCUGCUGAAGUUGAGGUGGACCCUGAGCACAUCCAGGAUAUCAUUGACCAGGUGGGCAGCGUGUCGGAUGAACUUCGUGAUGGCGAAGUUACCACCCGCCAAGCUUGUUACCUUCCCAACUGCACUGGACCCGGAGGCCCUUUAAUCGGCCUGACUCACGACAAGGGGCUCUAUCUCGCCUCUGGCCACACCUGCUGGGGUAUUCAAAACGGGCCGGGAACUGGCAAGGUCAUAAGCGAGUUCGUAUUUGAAGGACAAGCCAAGAGUGCGAAGAUCGGAUCACUUGAUCCUCGUAACCAGCUCAUGAUGCAUCAUCUCAGCAUUUCCGUUCUAGUCGCAUCGCUACUGUAUGCGGUUGGGAUCUUUGCAAGCCAAGAUCCCAACGAUGUAUCCAUCUUGGUCAAAGAGGCCGCGCGCGCUAACAACGAAUCGCUGCUAUGGGGUCCCUACAAGCCAAAUCUCUACUUCGGUGUUCGCCCUCGGAUCGCCAACAGCUUAGCUGCUGGGUUGAUGUGGGCCAAGGUCGAUGAUUAUGCGACCGCGCAGCAGAACUUUAGGCACACCUGCGAACAAAAUGAAGGCAUGGCUGGAUAUGGCUGGGACGAAUACGAUAUUCGGAAGGGUGGAAGACAGACCAUCCACGAUGCAGGAAACACACUUGACCUUACGAUUGAUUUCGUCAAGGUGUCUGGCGGCCAGCAUGGCGGUAGCUGGGGAUUCCGUGUGAAGGGUACCCCUCGUAAAGAUGGUAGCCCUAACCAGCCGACCUCGAUGGUUUUCUACACAACUCUCGAGGGGCUGGGCUACACUUCUGAGCUGGGAGAUUUCUCUAUCGAUGUCACCGACGGGCCGGACAGCAACGAGUACUACACGCACGACCACCGCAGUCAAGAAGACAAGCCUCUGGGCCACGGAAUCGUGUCUAGUGGUAUGAUGCCCCAGGAGCACCUCUGGCAGGCAAAGGGCAUUCUAUUCUCCCAGAUGAAGACCGAGGUUGAGGAUGUUAUCAAUGAACUCGGCACCGAAAACCCGCCGCCCCCCGCACAGCUGUUCACGGUUAAGCAUGCACCCGGCAGUGGCAAUGUUCACCUUGUUCAGAAGGUCUUUACGGGUGCUUUUGAAUUCGAUGUCCUUUUCUCCUCUUCCUCGUCGCCUGAGCCGAUGACCUCGGAGAAGUUGACGAAGCAGCUGGAAGCCUCCACAUUGUCGUUCUCUGAGCGUUUCAACCAGGUUUUGGCACCCCAGGCUCCCUUUGAUUCAGCCAAGUACUCGAAAUUCUCGAAGGCCAUGCUGUCUAACCUCAUUGGUGGCAUCGGUUUCUUCCAUGGUGACGAUGUUAUUGACCGGUCCGCCCAUCCGGCAUAUGAGGAGGAAAACGAAGGUUUCUGGGAAGAGACGGCCGAGGCUCGCGCUGCCGCGAAACCCGUCAUUGGUUCUCCCAAAGAUCUGUUCACAUGUGUUCCUUCACGCCCAUUCUUCCCUAGAGGCUUCCUCUGGGAUGAGGGAUUCCAUCUGAUGCCCGUCAUGGAGUACGACUCUGACCUUGCUCUUGAGAUUAUCAAGAGCUGGUUCCACCUGAUGGACGAAGAUGGCUGGAUUGCUCGCGAGCAAAUCCUUGGAAUGGAAGCUCGCAGCAAGGUUCCCCCCCGAGUUCACGCCUUUAUGGACAAGGCUAAGAGCAACAGGAGUACUCAAUUCGAAUCCCUUGACAGCCACGAUGUCGCCGAAAAUCUUCGCUCUGCUACUCUGCGUAGCCCUGAAGUUUCCGAGGCCUAUCUCCGUUCAUUCUACCCGCUCAUGAAGAGACACUACUUCUGGUACCGCAACACCCAGCGUGGCGACAUCAAGUCCUACGACCGCGAAGCUUUCUCUACCAAGGAAGGCUACCGCUGGCGUGGACGCUCCGUCCAGCACAUCCUGACUUCCGGUAUUGAUGACUACCCCAGAGCCCAGCCUCCGCAUCCCGGUGAGCUGCAUGUCGAUCUCAUUAGUUGGAUGGGUAUGAUGAGCCGCACCAUGCGUCGUAUUGCGGAGUACUUGGGCGAGGAAGAGGACAUGGAGGAAUUCGCAUACUACGAGACUGCCAUUACUCGCAACAUUGACGAUCUUCACUGGAGCGAAAAAGAACAGACUUUCUGUGACGCUACCAUUGAUGAAUUUGAGGAAAGCGUGCAUGUUUGCCACAAGGGCUACAUCUCCCUCUUCCCCUUCCUGACCGGCCUGCUUGGACCCGACAGCCCCCAUCUCAAGCCUGUUCUGGACUUGAUCAACGAUCCGGAGGAGCUGUGGUCCAACUACGGUAUCCGCAGUUUGAGUAAAAAGGACGAAUUCUACGGUACCGAUGAGAACUACUGGCGAAGCCCCGUCUGGAUAAACAUUAACUACCUGGUGCUGACGAAUCUUUAUGACAUUGCCAUCGUUCCCGGUUCUCACCAGGAGCAAGCUCGCGAAAUGUACUCCAAGCUCCGUAAGAAUUUGGUCGAAAAUGUCUACAGAGAAUGGAAAGAGACUGGUUUCGCUUGGGAGCAGUACAAUCCUGAUACUGGCAAGGGACAGCGCACGCAGCACUUUACCGGCUGGACCAGUAUGGUGGUGAACAUGAUGUCGAUGCCCGAUCUUGCUGAGGGUGCUAGCACCGGUCAUGACGAGCUUGCCGACGGUAGUUCUUAUCUCGAUCCGCACGACGCUCCGGAUCUCGCCGAUGUUCACGCUGUCUUGAUUCGGAUCGUCCGAGCUCAUCGCCCUCUCGGUAUCUACGACGUUCAGAGUCUCGCCGGCGCUCGUGUGAAGAUCUACGAGGGCGGUCUUCACGACUAUCCUCCCCGUGUCUGCGCUCGUCGUGACGGGUCCGCUCCUGGCACCUGCGCUCGCCUUCGUGCUUCCGCGCAUCGCUGUGUGGCCUUCGUAAUUCAUCUCGGUCUCGUGAGCCGUGGCGGUGUCUGCGGUGAUGGCGGUCCCUUUCCCGAUCCUGAUCUCGAUGACUCCUGUGUUCUCUCUGUCGGCGAGGACUGCGACUACGUUCAUGUCUGUGCCGUCGACUAG